AUGAACACCAUUCUGCUCCAGGCACUUCAACAUGCGGGGCGUUCGCUUAAAAAAGGCAAUCACAAUGAGGCGGAGAGUGUUAUUCGGUCUCUACGGGCCACGAAUGAUCCGGCAGCGGCAGAGAACACAAUUCGCAUACUGCAAAGUGACGUUCAGCAACUGGACCAGGAUGCGGCAUAUGUGCAUUUCGCCGCUUUUCGCCUAUUGCGGUUUUACCUUACACGUCGUAGGAUUGUGUGGGGUGAAUACACAAAACGACUGCUGAAUUUUUUUUUGGAUUACGUGGAGUCAAAAGGAGAGCAAAUUGUGACUUCUACGUGUCGUCCUGUGUUAUCUGAGGUGGCCUUGGAUGCAGCUGUCACAUUAAAACUUAGCUGCGCUGAUGCCGAAGGAUACUUUGAUGCCAUGAUUCUUUCCGAGGUCGUUACUGAGGUGUUGUCUCUCCUAGCCGAACAUCAGCGUGAGGUGCGUACCAUCUUUGUCCGUCAUGUGGUGAUGCACCUUGUGGAGGAAUUUGGUCUCUACCAUCCAUCGUCCAAGGGGAGGACAAAGCCGUUACGGUUUCAUCGUGCCUGCCGCUCCGCCUUUGAGUGUGAUGGUUUAGUGCGUCUUCUUGACGCUCUCUUGUGCUGCGCGGGUAAUGCUUUUGCGGAGACGGCUCGAACCGUUGAGGCGCUUCUUCAAUGUCUUGGAACGAUUAUGUCAUGGUCGGCUCAUAACUUUUUUGAGGAUGAGGUUACCGAGGAUGCAUGCAACGAUUUAUUUCGUGUCUCAGGUACUCUGUGGCACACGCUACUUUUGGAAGGCGUCUCCUUACCUGUAGGGAGAGUCACCAUAGACUCUCUUCUUCGCAGGUGGUACUCUGAAUGUAAUUUGGCUGGUUUUUUUGUCCAUCCACUAACGAUUGUAGAGCUCAUGCAGCAUUUUUGUGGCGUUACAAUGGAGUUAUGGAACCUUUUUGAAAAGGUGAACUACACCGAAAGAUUUCUUUCGCUUGCGUGUUUCAUGACAAGAAAGUUGCUUGCUUUUGUAGCGCAGCAUGAUGAGGUGCGUACCAGUCUGCCUCUUGCUCUUUCUGGCAUUCGGAACAUUGUGGAAAAUAUGGCGGAAGUCUUUGUCGUUCAUGACUUGCUAUGUUAUUGUGUCACAGAGUUGUCCUUCUUUGCGAAGACUCUCAUUGAAUUCGAUAGCAAUUUUCCAGACGAUGCUGGCAUUAUGGCUGCUUUGGAUGAGGCCUUGAGUUGCCUGUUCAAAAUUUCCACCAUGCCGUCUUGUCAGGAUGCCGCACGUGGUGUGAUUUCUGCAGCAGGGAUAGAAGUGUUCAAUGCAUUCUUGUCGAUUAAAUUGUCUUGUACCCUUUCCUCAGGGGAGGCCGAGCACUUUUCUGACACCUUCACAAUGUCCCAUGUUUCUCUCUUAGGGCACUUGGGCCGGUUAGAUCCAGGGCAAGCCGCGGUGGCAUUGUGCCUGGCAUUGGAGACGCUGCAGCAGCGCGAUGCAGGCAUAGAACAUCAGUCUGGUUUAGAACGCAUCCAAGUUCAAGAAUGUCUUUGGCUGGUUUUGAAGGUUAUUAAUGCCUUUAUGGCUGAUUCCUGCGAGGGUGAGGAGGUUUCGAUCCCCUCAUGCUUUACUGGGAAUAUCAUGUUAGAAUCACAUCCAGUACACAAACUCAUCUCAACGCUUAUGAUUUUUAUGCAGGAACUUGUGCCAAAGUUGUCUGUGGCAAGCCCUGCUUUAGUGUCGGCUCUGUUGGAGGUGUUUGGUACAUUCAUGGCUGUUUACGUCGUCACAGACGAGAAUGAUGGUGGGGGCAGUUAUUUCUUUGCCCACGGAGUCAUAGCCCUCAUUUCUUGUGUUUUGAAUUCACUACGUAUUUUUUCCUUUGAUGAAGAUGUCACGCUCGCCGGGUGUCGGGUACUUGAGAUAAGCGUGAGGAGCAAGGGUGUGGUUUCCAUUCUGCAGACAUCGGGGCUUGCGGAGAUGGCGGAGGACAUGGUGACUUGUGGUCAAAUGUUUUACGAAGAUGUUCGAGGGCGAAUCGUUGGGUUUUGGAUUUGUUGUAUUUCUGCUGCCACGUUCUCAGAACGGGGGUUGCCUGUUCUUGAGACCUUUGAUAUUGGCGUGUCAGAAUUUACUUCCGUGGAUGUCAACGUCUGCCUCGAACGGUGCUCCUCACUUGCCGGGUUAUUUGUAUCUCUGCAAGAUAGUGAGCGGCUGCGGGUGUGUUUUCGCUCUGUUAUGUGCCUCUGCGAUCACGUGCUUUCGGUGAGUGUCUGCCGUUUUUACGAAAAGGAGAUCACCAUUCGCGCCACCGAGUUAAUACUGCGGCUGUUUUUGACCUGCUCCGUGGUGUUGCAGGGGGAAGAGACAGUGUGGAUGAUAGAUAAGGUGCGCACGACGCUCGACGCAGUCCUCAAGACACUGGCUGAGGACCCCACCUGGAGCACGGAAGGCACCGAAGAGGAAAAGCACAGACUCUUAAAGUUGCUUUCGCGACUCUUUUGUGAGGUCUCUUGUUGGGCAAGGUUGGAGUGCACGCUUCCCUCGGAGCUUGUAGGUCCCCUAGGCGCAUCGGUCAUUUCUUCUCUGGCGGUGUUUUUAAAAUUGUUUAAUGAACGCUCGUUAAGUUUUCCAGAGCUGCGAGAGUCUGUCUUUGUCGCGUUUCAGCUCUCUGCUGAGGCCUUUACACGUGAUUUCGUGUAUCAUGCAGAUUCGCAGGUGUUUUUAUCGACGCUUUUGUUUGCGCUAAAUGGAGAAUCUGUUGAUUUUCAACGUGUUGGAAUAACUGUUGCCGACACAGUGGUGACGUACCUGCGAGACUCGGGUUUGCAGGACCACGUGUUAUUUACCCGGCUUCUCUCGACUGUUUUGCGGGGUUUUGUGUUGGGUAAGCUUUCGCUCUCUCUUUCCUUGCAAUUGGCACGGAGUCUUACAACGCUCUGUGGUUGCCUCCCCUUAGAAUCCGUGGAGUUAGUCUUCAUGGAGACCACCCGAUUGAAUUCUGACCCCAACGUGAGUGCCAUUAUGUGGGAAAUGAUGCGCGCCGUUCAGGAGUGCGUUGUAAGUGAGGGGCCUAGUCGGCAGGCGGCUCUGCGUAGUUUGGACGAGUCUAUUGCUGACAGUCUGGGCAAUAUUAGGACUAUUCUUCUUGAUUAA